ACGGCAAGUCCCAGAGUGGGAGGCUGGGAGGAAACUGCAGCUUCGCCUCCAUCCCACACCCUGUCUAGUGCACUGUUCCUGAGCCCCUCCUGCAGCUCGGUUUCCUGCCACAUCAUCCUUUUCCCGAUGCACAUGGAGCGGCUCCUGUUCCUCCUGCUCUCGGGCAUCCUCCUGGCUCUGUGCUGGCCUUCCACAGAGGAUCCCACAAGGAGACUUCCACGUUGUACCUCCUGCGAUGAAUUUGUGGGCAGGACCUGCAGGAAGAAUUUAGGUUCCUGUCAUUCCAAAUACCCUGACUUUGCAUGCCAGACCAAAGAAGUGUACUCUAGACAUUUCACCGGAGAGUACAUCUACCACUAUUCCAUCCUGGGCUGCCCCAAAAGAUGUGUGGAGUAUAUACGCAUCACCAACAGGGAGAAAAACGUGUUCUUCUGUUGUAAUCAAAGCUACUGCAACAGCGUCUCAGUAAAGGAUGAGGUUCCCUUCAAUCCUAUCCAAUUAGAGAAGUUAGAAUUCAACUGACUUGUGGGGACCUCCUCCCGACUGCACCCUGCCAGCCUUUCUGGACAAACAUCAAUGUCCAGCACAGCCUUUGCACCCACCUGCCACCUACACUGUCUGGAGAGCCAAGAGGCCCGAGAGAAAUGAACUGUGGAUGAAGAAGGACUAUGUGCAACUUUGAAACUCGUCUGGGCCCGAGCCAGGCCCAUGAGGCCUCAUCGUCUGGUUCUGCCACUCUGGCUGGGGGCCAAACCCCAAGUCCAGGUGGGGCAAGAAAGUGGGGGAGGCUGCUCUGGGAUCUGGGGGCCCUGAAUAGAUGGCAACGCCAACUCUAAUGAGCAACCAGACCAGGUGCAGGGCAGCUCUCGCACUGUCUCCACAGUGACUGAUAAGAAGGAAGGGAUACUGGGCAAGAAGCAUCUGGCAAAGGUCACCACAUGAUUUAAUGUCUCGUGUGUAUGGGAUCUGAAACCCCAUUGGGGCUGGCUGGGGUCAGGAUGCGUGAUGAGGGCAGUGGGAAGCAGGUGUCUCUGGCCAUUGCACGACCCAAGUAUUAAAAACAUGCAUUCGGAAGGAGCCCACCAGACUGCCCGAGUCUGAACCCUCCCACUCCAUCCUUCCAGCCCUCAGCUUCUCUCUACCACAGCCACCUCCUGCUUUACGCUGUUGAUAUGAAGGCUCAGUGAGUCUGUAGCUUUCAGGUGCGUAGUAAGCACAGGUGUUGGACAUUUCUUAUCACCCAUGUGACAGACACAGGGUAGGACACUUUACACGUCAUCUCAUAAA